CAUAAAGUGAAAGAGAGAGAGAAAGAGAGGGAGAGAGAGAAAGGGGGAGAGCGAAAGAGGGACAGACAGGGAAAGAAAAAAGAGAAAGAGGGAGAGAAAGACAUAAAAAUAGUUUGCUCUCAGGAAAUAAAACUUCCUCUUUGAGCUCGUAGAUUGUUGAUCGCGACAUCAAGGAGGGCAGACUUCUGGCCUCAUCUUCUCCCGUUGCUAGGCGACCGCGCGGAGACAGGUCCUCUUUUCGUCGGGACACGGUCCAGUGAGGAGUGUUGGGUGAUCCUGGUCUCACCGUCAGACGCAGCGAAAGUAUCGUUAGGAUGCAUGCCCUGCAGAACUUCUUUCUAUUGGUCCUCGGGAUCAUUAGCCAUGCCUCCUCCCAUCUCAACCUGACUCUGAAUGGUCAGUGGAAGGACUGGAAGGACCAUCACAAUAAAGAGUAUGGCAGCCAGGGGGAGGAGUCACAGAGGAGGCAGAUCUGGGAGAAGAACCUGAGGAUGGUGGAGAAACACAACAUGGAGGCUUCGUAUGGCCUGCACUCCUUCACCAUGGGCCUCAACCACCUCUCAGACAUGAUGGCAGAGGAGGUCAACGCUGUCCUCAACGGGCUGAGGGACGAGGAAGAGGGGGCGGAGGAGCUCCAUCGUCACGGCAACCUGACGUUCACCUUGCCAGACGACGGCAAGGUCCCCCUGCCCCCGUCGGUGGACUGGAGGAGGAAAGGCAUGGUCAGCCCAGUCCGAAACCAGGGACUCUGCGGGUCUUGCUGGGCAUUCAGUGUUUCGGGGGCCAUGGAGGGACUGAUGAAGAGGCAGACGGGCAAGCUGGUCCCCCUCAGCCCCCAGAAUCUACUGGACUGCAGCAGCAGCUAUGGCAACAUGGGCUGCAGGGGUGGCUACCUCUCCAAGACCUUCCGUUACAUCAUCGAGAACAAGGGCAUCGACUCUGACAGCUCCUACCCCUACGAGUCCAGGGUAAGGACAGGGAGAAGGGGAGGAGAGGAAGAACUGCCUCAAAACAUCAUGGGAGCAGUGGAAGAGGAGACUUGGGGCUCUUUCCUGAUUGCACGUUUUUAUCCGUUCUUGUCUCCUCGUAGCAGUCUGAGGGAGGCCGUUACUCGGGACGGGCAAGCCGGUACUGCUGGGUCCAAUCCUCCAGCUGACAGAGGGGACUGCAGUGCGGUUGCCAACGGGCCCUCUGUGGGCAUCAAGCCUCUGCCAUCCUUCCACAGCUACAGAGGAGGCCUGUACGAUGACCCCUCGUGCAGCUCGGCGAAGACCAAUCACGCGGUGCUCGUGGUUGGGUAUGGGACAGACAGCGGGAAGGACUUCUGGCUGGUGAAGAACAGCUGGGGAACAGCUUGGGGUGAAAGCGGAUUCAUCCGAAUGGCCAGGAACAGGAAUAACCAGUGUGGAAUUGCUAACUUCCCCAUAUAUCCCACCAUGUGAAACCAUCAGUGUACCAGGUUACGCUAAAGCAGAUCUCAGGCUGUUAAUCGCCUCUUAAUCUUCACUUAGACAACAGAAAACAAACUGCAUGAAAUAUGCAUAUAUCUACAUCAGAUGUGGGCAAUUCUGGUUAUGGAGGGCCGGUGUGUGCGUGCAGGUCUUUGUUUCCACCAGUUACCCUGCUUAAAUGAGCUAACUGGCUGUAUACGCCAACACUGGUUUCAUGUGUAGAUUAGAUCACAGCGAAAAAAUUAUGUAGAAACACAAGAACAGACUUAGGUUGUCAUUCAUGCACUUAUCAAGAAGCACAGCUAAAAUGUUAAAUUGGGGUAAAUAUUAGAGCUGAUUAAGUCAUUAAGGCCAGAAGCACAGAAACCGAUACGGCCCUCAUUGCCCACCUCUGAUCUGCAUGCUAAUCGCGAUCUUUAUUGAAAUAUAUUUAUAUUUGUAAUGAUUGCGAUUUUAAAGGGGUAACAGGUUGAACAGGUUUAACCUGCACGUUUUGGAAUUGUUUUAAAGAACUCCGUACUUACAGGUCAAGGUUUUUUAAAUGCAUACAAAUAAACAUUGCUUUUGCAAAA